UUAACAGGAUCGGGAAACGUUCUAGUUUUUAGUGUUUAUCCUCGAGCUGUGUCUGCAUAGAACUUUCUGUAAAUGGGAGGUGCUCUUUACCAAACUAUAUCUGUAGAUAUUAACGUAUGACCAUAUCAUUAGUUGUUGUUGUUGUUGUUGUUGUUGUUUUUCACUUUUAUGGCAAUGGCAACGUCAUUACCAAUCUGAGGAAGCACAGGUAAAACAUCUGUUAAACUGUUACAGGUAAGUACAGUCAGAUUCCAUUGAAAUAAAUGAAUAUUAAUGAGAAGUGUGUCUACAUCACACAUACUUACUAUGACACGUUUUAUACUCAUAUGUUGCAAAAGCAAACUGUUCCCUAGGCAUCCAAGCACUGGCACGAUAAGAACCUUCUGUGUUUAGUAAGUGGCCCAAUGAGUGGUAAUGUCUACGGAAAAAGCCGUGAUCGAAAUUCAAAAAUCUCAGAGUUUGGGUCUAGGUUUUGUUGUUCUAUGCGCCGGAAUAUUCCUGAUAGUAUUCAACAUUCUGUGUGUUUUCAUUUUCUACCGGAAGUGGAAGAAAAGACUGGUCAAAUGUCGCUCUGAAUAUCAAUGUAAAGGACGAUCGGAAUAUCUCAGCAAACACAAACCUCCGAAAGCCACCACAACCUUUAAGAGAUGGAAGUCACGUAUUGGGUCACGAUUUGGAGUUCGUUUGAAGAAAAAUUACUCAAUGAACAACAGAAAUACCUAUGAAAAAGGACCCGUUUUAAUUAAUGCCCAAAACGUACACGUACAUCAUGGGGACAAGAUGGAAGAGGUCAAUUCACCGAAGCGUGUCCGUCACACCGCGAUCAAGCGUAACAUUGGUCCUGGAAAUGAUAUCUCAUCCAAAAGGACAGAUUUUAUAAAACCGGAAAUUUCUGAUAUUUCCGAUGUGUACAGUGUAGUGAGAAAAGACUAUUUGUUGCGCACAGGAUCUCCGAAGGAUUCAGUGACCGAAAAUGGUGUUCAGACGAGAGAAAAUGUCGGACGGGUGAGGGUAGGUACGAACACUGACCAGGAGGGUAAGGAAAUGGACAAACCAGAAGAAGACUGCAAAUUGUCAGAUACUUCGAAAAAAUCAAAUCAGAAGCUAGAUUCAGGGCAGGGACCUGAUACUUCCCGUGAUAUACAAACUUUGAGUACCUUGUUUGAGAUUCAUUCUGAACACGUGAUUAAAACACUAUCCAGACUGAAAAGUUUGGAGAGAAAGGGAAACUGACAGAAACAAUUUUGUCUAUUGGAGGUCAUAAAAACUUAACUCAUUGUUUCAGAACAAACGUUAACUUUCCUACGAAGUCUGAUAUGAUUAUAUCAAGUGAAGAAGAUCUGAAACACUUCUUCGUUUCAUAAAAAAGUAUGUUGCCUGACAAAGAUUGAUAGAACAAGACCCCACACCGUUGAGUUUUAAUCUUGUUGUGUCAAUAAACAUCUAUAUAUUUUACAACUAAGUUCCUAAGUAAUACCAUGACAAUACGUAAAAAAAUAUGUAAAAACUGAAAAGCAACCGGAAACUAGUAUUGGUAAAAUAAUAUUUUUAUGUUUUGACAAAGCUCACGAGGAAAACCGAGUAAAUUGUAAAAAUGGCGGAAAUUAAUGUUCUACGAAUUCAUUAAAACUUCCCCUUUUUUACCAUCACAACCAAAGUUGCUCUCUUUGGCUGAACUAUUACGCAUAACACACUAUUUAUUCUUCUACACGCUACA